AUGAUGGUAGAAACAAAGAAGAUGAUUGAAAGCACAGUUUCAAAGCCAGAUUUUGAUUUAAGAGCCUCCAUUGAAGACGUAAUCCAAGAAAUGAUCAAGGCAAAAGAUGAAAAUCCAGAACUUAUCAUUCCUGACAAAUUUUUAGAAUGCUAUAACUCCAAAGAAAUGCUCGGAUUUAUCGCUUGCACUUACAAUUACUCAUUCCCCCUCAGUUAUUUAAAAGAGCCAUUAGAAAAAUUUCUAUUUUUUGAUAAAAACCCACCCUUCAUUAGCGAAUAAAAUAUUUCUUAUAUAAUACGUAAUAGUUAGAAAUCUCUAGCUAAUUCUAUUAAAAUUUAAACAGCUUGCAUUUUAAACAUAAAUCUCCAAUGUUUUAAAUUUCAAUAGCAAACUUUACUAUAAAAUACUGUAAAAAAAUUAAUCCUAAUUGAGCUAAAACAAUUUUUUGUUCGCUCAUGAGGAAUUAGCAGCUUUAUUUUCUAUUGAAAAUAGGAUUGAGCAACAAAAAUCUGAAAGCAAAGGAAAACUUUCCAAAAAAUUCAGUUAUACGAGAAAUGAUGGAUUUUUGCUUGAAUCAGCUGCACAAGAAGUAGCUCAAAGCUAUGGGAAAUUAAUCCUCAACCAAUGAAAUUUCAGACAAAAUUACCAAAGUGAACAAAAUUUUUUUGAAACUUUGAUAUAUUUUGUAGUAAGAGUCCUCAAGCCUGCUUAUAGCAAAAAUGAGAUAAGAAUUCUUGAAGAAGAAUUAAAUAGAUUAUUCAGGUCAACCGCUUUUAAUAUUUCUAAAAGAAAGCAUCAGCAAGAAGACAGAUUCAAGCGUUUUCCUAAAUUAAAUGUGUGCAAAAGUAAAGACCAAGAAACCAUUAUAAGACAUAUUGAAUACCGCAAUAAAGUUACAAGAGAAAGACUAAAAAAAGAAAAAAGCAGCUCAUGCGAUAUGAGGCCUGGGUAUGUAAAACUCUCUCCUUAUAGAGCGUUAACAGCAAGAUCGCCUUUGAUUGCCCUUCUUUUCCCAGCGCCUUGCGACAGAGUUAGAAUUUUUGAAGAGUAAUUUUCAUAUAGAAAACGUAAGAGGAGAAGAUUAAGCAUGGACUUAGAAGUAAUGAAAUAA